GAUGUCCUCCAGCCCACAGGUGAUUGGACUCCCCGUGCAGACCAGCCGCUGUGAGAGCUCCUCCGAGCCAUCCACGCAGAAUUCGGCGGAGGUCACGCGGGGGGAAGGGGGGCGGAAUCUGGGGAAAGUCUCUGUUUGCACGCAGAGCGAGAGAUGAAGAGGAACGGUAAAUGACAGGGAGCGCAGAGGGAAACGGGGACGGGCAGACACACAUGCAGAGAGAACAGAGAGAAGACAGAGAGCCCCGUCUGGGAAGAGGAGCCAACGUCCUCCUCAUGAGGAGGACGUGGAUUUUCUACACAUGCAGAUGUGGGGCUUCAGAAGCUACUGAUCCAGAUUUCGCCACAGCGCAUACCGCCAGUUGCGUCGUAGUCCAGCGCGUGGAAGAGGACGAUAAGCCUGGGACCAAAUGUCGCUUUUUUAAAAAUUUAGAUAAACGAUAGUUAAGAAUUAAUGAAUCAUUUAUGAGUCCUUUUUUUGUAGAUUUUUUUUCUUCCAAUAUUGUGGGCAGACUCUCAACCCGAUGCGCAAUGAAAGGAAGAAAAGCUUAGCAAAUGAGCACCUACUUUUACUCCCUACAUUUUACGCACACAUUUACAUGUAUAUUCCCGACUGGAGUUGCGGGUUUGACGCCGCGGUGUCCGCGCGUAUGUGGCACAUGGAUGGACGACUUUGGUGCCAAGAUGUGAGGAGAACCAGCGUGUAGGUAGGUCCGUGCGUCACACGUGGUCAUCCCCGCGAGUAAUUAUCGCCUUUAAGUAGCAGACUUUUUACCUGUGGGACUCGGGGGACUCAAGGAAGGGGAGCUCCAUGUUUCAGCUACGACACACCGGCUCCCACAUCACCUGCGGGACUUAAGAGCACAGCUGGGACCUGGAAGCAGCUUGGUGCUGCGAUGCCGGACGCAAUAACCCUCAUAAAGAACCGGACAGAGCCACGGCUAGGGCAGCUGGAGCGCGCCCUGGCCCCCGAGGGCACCGCCCGCCCCGCCUGGGUCAUUGGCAUCUUGGCCAGUGUUUUGAUCUUCACCACGGUGGUGGACGUUCUGGGAAACCUGCUGGUCAUAAUCUCUGUCUUCAGGAACCGCAAACUGAGGAACUCUGGUAAUGUGUUUGUGGUGAGCCUGGCAUUUGCUGACCUUGUGGUAGCCUUCUACCCUUAUCCCUUGGUCCUCUAUGCUCUCUUUCAUGACGGAUGGGCUCUGGGGAACACGCAGUGCAUGGUCAGUGGUUUUCUGAUGGGACUAAGUGUCAUUGGUUCCAUUUUCAACAUCACUGGGAUCGCAGUAAACAGAUACUGCUACAUCUGUCACUCGUUCUCCUACAGCCGACUGUACAGCUAUCGCAACACUUUGCUGUUUGUUGCCUUAAUUUGGGUGCUCACAGUUGUCGCCAUUGUUCCGAAUUUCUUUGUUGGUUCCUUACGUUAUGAUCCCCGGGUCUACUCGUGCACCUUUGCCCAGAAUGUCAGCAGUUCCUACACGGUGGCUGUAGUGGUGGUUCACUUUCUUGUUCCCAUUGCUGUGGUCACCUUUUGUUACCUACGGAUCUGGGUUCUUGUCAUCCAGGUUCGGCGUAAAGUAAAGACUGAAGAAAACCCUCGCCUCAGACCAAGUGACUUGCGGAAUUUCAUAACCAUGUUUGUUGUUUUUGUGCUGUUCGCCAUCUGCUGGGCCCCGCUUAACCUGAUAGGCUUGGCGGUGGCAAUAGAUCCGACCCGUGUGGCUCCCCGCAUCCCAGAGUGGCUUUUCGUGGUGAGCUACUUCAUGGCCUACUUCAACAGCUGUCUGAAUGCAGUCAUCUACGGUUUACUCAACAGGAAUUUUAGGAAUGAGUACAAACGUAUUGUGACCUCUGUCUGGGUGACCCGGCUUUUCGUAACUGAAACAUCACGAGCUGCCACUGACGGCAGGAGCAUGAGAAGCAAGCAGUCGUUGCCUCCACCUCUCAACAACAACGAGUCUGUGAGAGAUCGCACAAACAAGGAAUGAAACUGGAUUUCUCUGCCUGGCGAAGGGCACUUGCUGUUUUUAUGUGAAUUUUCGACAGUUGUGCAGCUAAAGAGUCAAACGUAGCAGAUGAAACUGAAAGACAUGGCUUUGUUUUCUACUUUACUAUAGGAAUACAAACAAUCAUAAAUGUCCUCUGUGAGCUCUUGGAAGUUUUUAAAGUGAAUCAAGUUAGUUUGAAAUGGCUUAAAAGGGGUGGGUUUGUUUUCUAAAAAAAAAA